AUGAUCCAUCUCGAGACUCAGUAUUUUAAUCUGAAUAGAAUUCUUCUGCUUGCUAUUGGUUUAUGGCCUUAUCAACAAUCGAACUUCAGUCGACUUCAAUUUAUGUUCUUGACUACUAUUUUAACGACAAGUUUUAUAUUUCAGUGUACGCCAUUUAUUUCACAAAAAUGUACUCCGGAUUUCGUCGGCAAAAUUUUAUCUUCCACAUCUUUUUUCGCUAUUUUUGUGAUAAAAUACAAUAUGUUCAGUGUGAAGAUGAAAGCUGUGAAAGAUUUACUGGAGCAGCUACAGCUUAUAUGUAAUGAGUUAAAAGACGAAAACGAAUUAGCUAUCAUAAACGCAUAUGGAUGCAAUGCCAGACGUUUUACCGCUGCACUUACGAUAUGUGCUUUUUGCGGCAUAUCUGCUAUUAUCAUCGUUCAAUUUUGCUCGAGUAUGUUUGAUAACAUAUUAUCAAUAAAUGCAUCUGAACUACAUCGUUUACCAAUUCCAAUGGAGUACUUUGUCGAUGAAGAAAAAUAUUUUUAUUGGAUUCUGCUACAUCUUAACGUAUCAUUCUGCAUUGGGGCAAUCGCAAUGGUAGGAAUAGGAACAACGCUUUUUGCGUAUUAUCAACAUACUUGCGGAAUGUUCAAGAUCGCCAGCUAUCGCAUCGAACACGCAAUGAGCAGCAACGUGCUACGAAAUAUUAACUUCAAGAAUGAACUUUUAAUAUUCGAGGGCUUGAUUUGGGCUGUGGACAUUCAUCGACAAGCCAUGAAAUUGACCAUACAUUUACAAUCGAGUAUUCAAUUGAUGAUGUUUUGUAUAACAGCAUUUACUGUAGCCUCAAUGAGCUUCAAUCUGUAUCGAAUAUAACGUUCGAUGGUAUAUAGCUCCCUUACAUAUACAGAGAAUAAUAUUGUUUCUAUUACAAAGAGAAUCCAGAGAUUUCGUUUUGACCGUCGGAUUUUUC